GAGCUCGAGAGCGCAGCGCAGGAUCCGCAGCUCUCUUUAUUCUUUGCCGGUCGCUGUUGAACUCGUGAGCCUCUCGGCUGUCGCUCUGUUUGGUUAAAAUGACGCUGCUGGAUGAGUUUAAGAGGUUAAACGCAUUUUUUCUGCCCAUUUUACUGAUCUUCACUUGUCAAGGUGCACGCAGUGACCUGCUGGUUUCGCCUGCUGGCCCCUCUCAGGUGAAUGCUGUAGCUGGCAGCAAUGUGACUCUGGCUGUGUCCUUCAGUGGAGCCCCUGACCCAGCAGUUACCUGGCUUAUGAGUGAUUUACCUGUUGUCACAUGGACUAUUAACUCACCUGCUCCGCCGGACAUCCCGCUUAACAGCAGGAAAGUGCUCAGGAUUGAACUAAAUGGAUCCCUUACCUUUGUGAAUGUGCCGCUUAACUAUACCAGUAACUACACUGUGGAAAUGACCAAGUCAGGACUGGGAAAAUCCUCGACUACUUUCACUCUGAAAGUGUUUGAGACCAUCCACAACGUGACUCUGAGUGCACAGCCUGAUUUGGUCGUCGAGGGAAGUCAGCGGUUCACCCUGCAGUACAGGAUGCAGCAAGGAGUUAUUGAGGAGCAGAUGUGGUUCUUCGGCGGCGUAGAGAUAAACACCAACUCGCGCUACUUGGUGGAGGACCGGAGCCUCGUGAUCCUCAGGCCAAACCGAAACGACACAGGGCGCUACACGGUGUCACUGACAAACCCCUUCAGCAGCGAGACAGCUCACAUGAACGUCACCGUGCUGUAUGGACCAGACGAGCCAACACUAGAAGCCAGUCCAGCUCAGCCUUUCUACGUGUCGGGAGCCUCUCUGAGCCUCUCCUGCCGGGCCGACGGACUCCCACCGCCAACUGCUGAGUGGGCGUUUGGUGGUCGGACCCUUUCUGGUUCCCGCGGAGGGGUCCUAAACCUAACAAAUGUCCAGACCAGCCAAGGAGGCGUUUACACGUGCACGCUGCUCAACGAGCAGACUAAAGAACAGCGCCGACAGAGCACGAGUUUAAACAUUUACGAGAAGCCGCCGGACGACCCGAUGUGCUCUGUGCAGUCGGCGAAUAACGUCGACCUGCAGUACGACUGUCGGUGGUCCGGGGGAACGCCACAUGCUCAGCUUUCUUUCCCAGAGUUAAGCAACACCAGCAUAGGAGCAGGGAACUUCAGCCUGACUGUCACCGCCUCAGACAACCUCAACGGGAGAACUGUCGCCUGCGCAGCACAUCACCCAAUCCAACAGAACGAGUGCAACGUGACUGCAAGCAGUCCAGUGGAGUUCCUGCCAGCUGUGAGAACCACGGUGGACUCUGAGGGCAGGAUAGUGGUCACCAUCCACUGUGUGAGCGAGGCCUCGCCCAAAGCCGCGGUGUCAUGGUCCAAAGGCGGCCAGGCCGUCGCCGUCGGGGCAACGCACCAGAUCAGCAGUGACACCACACGGCUCAGGAUUCGAGAUUACAACGUCAGCAACUUUCUCCUCCAAAACUACACGUGCACCUGCCGCAACCCGCUGGGCAGCCAGAGGAGGGAGGUUCAGUUAAGAGGACCGUCCAUCUCAGAUUCCAGUUUGUUCCCUAAUCAGGAUGGAACCAUCGUCACAUUGACCUGGGAGGUCCCGCCCACCUCUGUCGUCACAGGGUUUGACAUCCAGAUGAAAGGACCAGACAUCCUGAAGAAAAACCGCAAUGGCACCCAAACUAGAGGCGGCUCAAACAGAUUUCACACCAUCCAGCAGAAACCUGGUUCCGCCAGGAGCGCCGACAUCUUCAGCCUCGAUCCCAAACUGACGUACAGGUUUCGGGUCAUCCCCAAAGCUCGUAUGGCCGAAGGAGAGCCAUCUGAGGUCCACAGAAUUGGUCCAGGUGAAGGGCUGAGUGGCUCUGCCAUUGCUGGCAUUGCAGCUGGAAUCCCCUGCAGCCUCCUCUUCCUGCUCCUGCUGGGCGGCUUCAUCUACUUCUGUGUCUACUGCAGCAAGAACAAAGGUCGGCAGACACGAUAUCCAAGGUCCAGAGCAGUUGAGAAGGCAAUAACAACCCAGACAGAUACGACUCCUCAUAACCUGCUGACAGGAGGGCUGAAGUCUCCCCCUGAUUACAACAGAUUACAGCAGACUCCCUCUGAAAGAUCAGUGGCUCUCCCCUCCUUCGUCCCUCCACCGCCUGUCAGAGUUGCUACAACUGUCUGAACUCUGAUGUGUAUAUUACGUUUGUACAGGAUGACAUGUUUUCUGUGUUUUCUUUUAAUGUAUGAGAUUUUCCUAUAUUUUUAUCAUUAUUUUAACUAAAAUAAGGCUCAGUGUCAAAUUUAUGUCAGCGCUUAUUUGUGUCACUUUUCCUGUUACAAAGCUCCAUUGCUUUGUAACAGUAUUUAUUCAUAAUAAAUCAAAGCGUAAGCCA